UCCUAUUAAUCCUUCUGCACCUCUCUCUCUCUCUCUCUCUCUCACACACACACACACACACACACACAGACCUCUUACUCUUACUCUUACUCUUACUCUUGCACUCCACAACUGGAGCUUCCUCUUCUUACUUGCCUGUGCGUGAGAAGAGAGUGACAACAUGGGCAGGUCGCCGUGUUGCGAGAAGGUGGGACUGAAGAAAGGCCCGUGGACGCCGGAAGAGGACCAGAAGCUCCUCGCCUACAUCGAGGAGCACGGCCACGGGAGCUGGCGCGCAUUGCCGGCAAAGGCCGGUUUGCAGAGGUGCGGAAAGAGUUGUAGGCUGAGAUGGACCAACUACCUGAGGCCUGAUAUAAAGAGGGGGAAAUUCAGCUUACAGGAGGAGCAAACUAUUAUCCAACUACAUGCUCUGCUUGGUAACAGAUGGUCAGCUAUAGCUACCCACCUACCGAAAAGAACGGACAACGAGAUCAAGAACUACUGGAACACCCACCUAAAGAAGAGGCUGGCGAAGAUGGGCAUCGACCCGGUAACUCACAAGCCGAAGAACGAAACCCUGGGCUCGCCCCAAGGCUACUCCAAGAGCACGGCCAACCUCAGCCACAUCGCUCAGUGGGAGAGCGCGCGCCUUGAAGCCGAGGCUCGGCUUGCGAGGGAAUCCAAACUCCGAGCGACAUCCCUCUCUGCCACUCUCCGCACGACGGAGGGGUCACCGACAUCCACAUUGAGCUUCUCAGAGAAUAAUAACAUGCUCCGUGCUGCGAUCAAUGGGCCAGGGAGUGGAGAAUUGGUAGCAGAUGAAGAAGUGGAGUGGAAAUGCCUCGGAAAGAGGACGAACACCGACUUCUUGGGCUUCCAGGUGGAUACGGCGACGACUUUGGCUUUUGGCGGAGAAGUGCAGUGGAUUCCAGAAACAUCCGAUGGGGAAGUCGGCGCCGGAUUCACUGGCAUGCUGCUGGAUAAUUCGUCCGACGUUGGUGGUGGCGAAUCCAAUAAUGCACGCGGAGGGAGCUCUAUUGAGGAGGGGGAAGAGAGCGGGAACUACUGGAAUAGUAUCUUCAACUUGGUGAUUUCAUCGUCCCCUCCGGAUUCGCCAUCGGUAUUCUGAAAAAUGAAACCUGUCAAGAAUCUUGAUCCAAUGAGUUCAUUUGAUUCUUACAAGUGGUUUGAUUAACUCGGUCUUAAGGCGGCCCGAGUCAAUUCAAAUUGGUAGAAAUGUACUCAGAAAAAAAAAAGGGGGGGUGGGGGUGGGGGUGGGGGUGGAAGGAAAAAAGCUAGAAGGAUUCAGUGAAUUUUUUUUAUAAAAAAAACAAUCAUGUAAUAUUAUUAAUUCCUUAUUAUGGUAGGUUGCAUAUUGCUUUUCGUUCAUGGAGUAAUGUUGUAUGUUAGUAAUAAGAACAAUAACAAUGUACUAGAAACACUGCUGUUGUAAGAAAUUAAGUGCCCUGAGGAUUUCUCCUCCACGGUGGGGUCGGUGC